CGAAGAAUUAACAUUGCACAUUGGGCGUCCGCAGUUCUGAGAAGCCCUUCCGAUUACGAAGCCACUAUCGCGUACGCAACCAGCGUGAUAGGAUUUGGACCCUGCCGCUAGAAUCGCAGUGCUGCUUGUGGAAAAGCACGAUGUGUUGACUGCUAUCUAAUGCAGCGACGUCGUUUUCUCCUCCCGACCCUCGUCAAACCCUUGUUGCGGUCCUCAUGGGUCUCUCUAUUGAGCUCUUCAUUGCAAGCUCCCUGGCGUUUUCCGUUGUCCUGCUGCUCUUGCAGAGGAAUGUGCGAUGGUAUGGGCUCCAUCUACCUCCUGGACCACGGCCUAUUCCAAUCAUCGGGAAUGCACAUCAAAUGCCGGUUAAAUACACUCAGAAAGGUCUUUCUGCUUGGUCGUCGCUCUAUGGAGACGUCAUCUAUGCCGAACUCUUUGGAUCGUCUAUGAUAAUCUUGAACUCGAUGCAGGCAGCGAAGGCGCUGCUGGAUCAUAGGAGCGCCAAAUACUCUGAUCGACCCAGGUUCACGCUGCUUAGAGAAUUGCUUGGGUGGAAGCGAAUCUCGGCCUUCUUACCGUACGAUAAGCAAUGGCGUCAGCACAGACAAUGGAUACAGGCCGCUUACAACGAUGCGAAAGUGCUCACGAGCUAUCGUAGCAUGCAGCAGCGUGAGACGUAUUUCUUGCUAUCGGAGCUGUGUAGCAGCCCUUCGCAAUUCGAGUUACACUUCAAACGUUUCGCUGGCGCAUUGGUCUUGGAAACAGCGUACGGGUACCGCUUGAGAUCACGGGAUGACAGAGCUCUGUGUGACCUGAUCGAAGUCACCGAAGAAACCAGUGAGACUGGAACGACCGCAGCGGCACUUGUCGACCUCUUUCCGUUCCUGAAACACAUCCCGAUAUGGAUGCCCGGGGCGGGAUUCAAGCGCAAGGCACUGCAUUCUAGGCGGCUGAUCCUUAAAGUGACGAACGAGCCGUUCGAGAGAGUCAAACGCGAACUGGCUGCGGGAGUUGCACGUCAAUCAUUCGUUGCAUCUCUUCUCCAAGAUCCGGACCGAGCAAAAUGGCCGGAAGAUCAUGAAGAAGAUAUCAAAGGCGCGGCGGCUGUUCUUUAUGCAGCUGGAAUUGACACGACAGCUAUUGUUCUUUCAACCUUCCUGCUUGCCAUGGUCAUCCACCCGGAGAUAUAUAGGAAGGCGCAAGAAGAGAUCGAUCGUCUGGUCGGGAGUCAGCGCUUGCCAGAAUUUGAAGACCGCGACUCACUCCCAUUCCUUGAGUGUAUUCUCAAGGAGGUGUAUCGAUGGAACCCGCCUCUGCCUUUGGGAAUAACUCAUAAGUUGAUGGCCGAUGACGAAUAUCGAGGCUACCACUUCCCCGGCGGCUCCAUGGUGAUUGGUAACAUAUGGGCCAUACUGCACGACGAGUGUCUCUACCCGAAGCCAGAUACUUUCAACCCACAGCGUUUCGCUGACCUGGAUUCCGAGGCUGCAGACCUCGCCGAUCCGCGCAAGGCCGUCUUCGGCUUUGGUCGACGAAUCUGCCCCGGCCGCCGAUUCGCGGAUGCCAGCAUUUGGCUGGCCAUCGCUAGCAUCGUGGCAACUUUGGAUAUCUCAAGGGCCCGCGAUGCGAGCGGUAAGGAGAUUGUCCCUACCGCCUCUUUUGUGUCGGGAAUCGCGAGUCCACCCAUGGAGUUCACUUGCGAAAUCCGCCCUCGCUCAGAGGAGGUCUCCGCGCUGAUCGGAGAGCUGGCCUUGGACGCAACUGCGACAGACGGCCCGUUAGGCGCUUGA